AUGACCCAAUUAGCUAAUUCCGAGCUUCUUCGGAUGGUAUCUGAGACAAUUGAGAAAUCGAAGCAAGGAUGGAAUGAAUUAAAUUACAAAAUUCAGUUUUUGAUCUACUACGACAGCCCCAUCGCCUUUUUCAUGGCGUUACAAUCCACGUUGGCUAAGAAACAUGAGAAAUCUUUUGACAUGGGUAACCGGCUUGUUUUAUUAGCAACUAUGCAGGCGAUGAUUUACACAACAACCACCGCUAAAAACACUAUUCUAAUGCAACUGAGCGAAGUAUUGAUUGCGGCUAUGAUUUGCGGUGAUCUUAGCCAUGUAUCUGCUAUAUUAGCCCUUGAACCCAGCAUACAUCGCUAUAACAAAGGCUAUGAUAACGCUGCUAUUUGGAAUGCGUACAAGCUCGUAGCCGAAUAUGAGGAGUGGAAAGGAAGAACUGGUUUUGGUGGCAUGAUACUUAACACCGCACAGACGUUGCUCGAAGUGGCUGAAAUUGAUCCUGCUCGAGGCACAUUGUUUUUUGAGACAGCAUGCAAGAUUUGGGCCAAAGUUGGACGCUGUGAGGACAAAAUUGCAGAGGCAGUUUCAAGUAUUUUGCGAAGGUGUCCGCAGCUUCUUGGUCGUGUCACUGCAUUCUUAAAGUCAAUCGACUAUGAUCAUGAGAUUGAAGUCGCUAUUGAAGAGGUUUGCGAUGCCAAAGAUAGCGGUUUGCACCCUAGCGAUGCUGCAUGGGUAGAUUGGUGCCGGACACGAGUCGAGCGUCCAGAGAGAUUUGGUCAACGACUUCAAGUACUUGACCGAUGUGUUAAUAUUUUGUUCAAAUUCCUCGACUAUGGAUCAAAUCGUGGCAAUGCUCAAGCAUGGGUAUUACUACACACUGCAGUGCAGUUUGUGGACCCAUCCUCACUGGUCCCUUUAUGGUCGGAACGUUAUGACUGGUGGCCGCGCUUUCAUACAGUGUCUCUUCCUUCGGAAGCAGCCACUCGGCGUUCUGAACUGUUAGCUGCUUUAGCUGAAACUCCUAUUGAAUGA